GACAUGUGGCUGACCUCGCCCCUGAAGUAGUAAACAUGGAUAAACUGGGGAGUCAAGGAACGGACAACAACACAGUUUCACAAAGAAAAGACAAAAAUGUUGACAAGCAGGAUGGGACAGAAAAAAAGCCUGUCAGAAAACCUAAAAAAAAUACCAGAGGUAUUAAGGGGCUAAAGAAGAAAGACAAGGAGAAAGACAAACCACUUACAGAACAGAAAGUGGACUUCCCAGAACCUUUGGUAAAAGCUCACCAAGCUGCUUAUGCCUUUUUGAAUCCCAGCAUAAACAAAUAUGACGCUUUACUAGGACUCCUGGAAGAAGCAACCCAAACACAGGUUUCUGUACAGACUAUGGUUGCUUUUAUGGCUUUACGCUAUGAGGAAAUAAUUCAGGGACUGGAAGAGAUGGCAGACGAGGGAGAAAAAGUUUUAAAAGAAAAUGGAGAACAUCUUGCUUGGCCAAGUCAAAUGAAAAACCUCUCAUCUUCUCCACCUUUGAAGUCUGGCUCUGCUAAUAUUGAGCCCCCACCGGAUUUGUUGCAGCAGCUGCUUCAGUACACCACACAGAGAAUGCGAAAUGUGAGCCAGACUGUUGGCGGAAUUGGGGACUCUACUUUAGAGGAGGCAGUGGAGUACUUUGCCUCUGUCUCUGAGCUUUUAGAGGAGAAACUGAAAGUCAAACGUGCAGUAGAGACUAGGCUAAUGCAACUCUUAUCUCGCAUUGAAAUGGCCUCUUUGCGCAAGCCUGGGCCAGAGGAUUCUGCUCUCUUUAGUGAGGACAGUGGUAUUGGAGCUGAGAGUGAAUCCCUUGCUGGAUCUGAAAGACGCCAUAGACGAGAGAGUUGUGCAUCUACUGGGACAAAUAGAACUACCUCUGUCAGUCCUUUGGGAUACAUCCCCAUGGACAUUAGGCAAGGAAUAUCAAGGCAAAAGCUUGCAAGUCAAAUAAGUCCAAGUGUUUCCCUCACCUCACUCAACUCAUUAGGUUCUACAUGUACUAUAAUGGCUAAUUACCACAGAGACUCAUUGCUAGGAUCAGUCUCUUUAGAUUAUGGGGAGGAAGACGACAAUGAUGAUGAGGAGGAUAUGGACAGAGGUGUGAAAGAUGUGCAAGUAGGGUUGAGAAAGCGAUCAAAUUCUUCACCCGUAGAUCACGAACAACAACAACCAUGCCGCCUACCCCCAAAGCGAAUAGAGAAUCCUCAAAAUGUUGAAAUGACUCUCAAAAUGAAAAAUGCUAUAAGUGGUAGGAUACAGUUUGUUCCAUCACAGAACGCUAGUGCCAAAACAAAGACAGCUGGCAGCCCAAAAACCAGUAGACGGCAGUGGACCGAGGAAGUCGAACGAUCUCCAAGGAGGCCUCAAACAACGGCACCUACUCAGAAGGCAGUGUCAAAAAAGACCCCAGUGACUAGAGAGCGACGUUCCCAGUCAGCAGAAUCCCUGCGGAGCAAAGGAGAAGAUCCAACUCUGUUUGAAUUAGAAAGGACCCAGAAGGAUUUAAACCAGAGGUUGCAGAGGAUGAGUAAAAGCAAGGCAGGUGGAAGUGUUAAGAAUCCUCUGUCAAAACAAAAUCAAGGAACCUCACCAGCACAAUCUCCAGCAAGAAAUCGCAAACAACCCUUACUUCAGAAAAACAGCAAUCCCCAACCACCUGAUGACAAAGCAGGCCUUACAAGGCGCAAUGCAAAAAAACAGGAGGUAGUCAGUGAUGUGGAAGAAGAUAAACUGAAGGACCAGAAAAUAUUAAAGGGUCCUAUAAAAGCCACCCCACCCCCUAGCCCUCCUUCAUCACCACGACCAUCUUCAGGCCUUUACAGAGGCAGAAACUCAGUUAAAAGACUAAUUGAUACCUUCAGUCAAGGAAUAGAGGAACUAGAUGGUCCUAAAGUUCUGGGGCCUCUCAGAGGAGUACGGAAAUGUGGCGUCCCAGUGUUACCUGGUUUAGGCAAUGUGGAAGCUGUGCUUAGCACUGGGAUAACCAGCUGUAGACCUGAAUCCACUGCAUCGGAGAAAACCAGUGACUUAGAUCUGGAUAGUCUUCCUCCGCCUCCGCUGGAAGUAUUAAUGGACAAUUCUUUCGAAAGUGCCCAGAGUCUUUUAACUGGUGUAGCUGAUGAAGGGGCUACCAAAGUCAGAAAAUCACCUGUAUUAAAGAGGGCUUUAGUAUCUCAGCGACUGAAGGCCUCAGUUCAGUCAGUGACGGUGCUGCCAAGUAAAGGAGGCCCUCCACAAGUUUCCAAGAUUUCCCCCUUUGUUGGAGCAGAUCAACAAGAUGCAUCUGCUCCAUCAAAGGCCAGCCAACCAGAUGUUCAACAGGAGGCAGACCCAAGUGGAAAGGAAAAGGAUUCCUCGUAUCAGCAAGACAGAAAAAUGAUACACCUAAGACACUCAUCAGACUCACAGAGAUUGUCAACAGAUUCUCUAGUAACAAAUCCAUCUGCCAGUCAAGAAGGAUCAGCAGACAUGCAAGAUGGUGGCAACCUUUCAGUGCCUGGAUCUAACACUACAGCGUCAACAGUGCCUCCUUCUUCAGUCGUCAGGAGCCAGCCACCUGCCACACCACCCACGCAUAAGGGGCGAAUGUUACCAUCCACACCUUCUGCACCAAGCAGUCUACAUCGAAGACUUCCCAGUCCCCACACCUUCAAAAGGCAACCUACUCCACCCUCUUCUGCUAGCCCUCCUGUUAACAGGAAACUCCCUACACCACCUGCAAUCCAAGGGAGGCUCCCCAGCCCACCUGUUGCAAAACAGAACUCAAAUUCAUCCUCCUCCUACCCUUUCAAAGCACCGUCUCCACCAGCUUCGCCAAAGGUACAAAGAUGGUCAAGGGAGAACAGCAGCGAAGACUUGUCUAGUCCUCGGAUGAUCAGUAAUGCUCGUUCAGUCUUCUGCCCUGUCUCCUCAUCCCUGUUUGAAGCCCAGCCUCGUCCAGUUCCCCAACCCCCUCAAGCAUGGACCUCUACUGGGGUCUCUUUUCUCCCACGUUCUUGGGGGAGUCGUGGGAGGUUUCCUGUAUCUAUUCAAGGACCUCGGCCCUUCAUCCGACGUAGCCAUUCAGAACGAAGGCCAAGUCUAAGUCUGCCACCAAGAGCGCCAGGCAUCUCAGUGGCUGAGACCUGUGGGAGUGAGCCAGCAAUAUACUCACAGGGGCUGGACGAUGAACCAACCAGGGACGAAGAACUAUGGGAGAGCCAAUCAAACCUCAGACCUACACUACGCUCUGCGUCACACCCUGACCUGUGUGUUGUUGGACAAGCCUUGCACAGAGACUAAAGGGGCCAAUGAAGGGCCAGUGGGAUUAUGGAUUAGCCGGCCUUGCCAAGGAUUUAA